AUGGGUGCUUUCCCGGAGUCUUCCGGGAUCGUCCUUCUCACAGGCUUUGCUGCAUCGUCUAUUUCCACUGUGAUUACAGUGCCUCGUGCCGAACCUGCUUUUGAGCUCUCAUCUGCACUGAUGCCUCCAGCCUCAAAGUCGUCCAAAGACCAUGUGCAUAAGGGGGAGAGUCGGUCUGGCGCGCCUACUCCCCAGCCGCGUUGCAGACGCCAGGCAUUCUCUGAAAACGAUGUGUUCGACCCUGGACAUCGCCGGCGCUAUGCGUGCAAAUGGCUCGUGCGUGGGACAGAUGCUCUCAAGACAUUAGCCGAGCGUGGCCAGAUUGAAGAUGCACUUUCGGACACGGAAGAAUAACCGCCUACAUAUAAUCCACC